AGUCACUCCAAAGGUGACCCCUGCGAGACGUAAGGAUUUUAAAAUGUCGGGUGGAUCAAUAUUUUCGUUUCACGGCAGUAAGACUAAUCAGACUAUGUACUUCUGAACAAAACACUCUGCUGGAGAUUAUCAUUUAAUCUGUGGUUGAAUCCAUAUGGCGGAUCUGUGAAGAAAUUUGGCCUGAUCCUGCUAUCGGUAUGAAGUAACACCUCACCCCAAGACAUGGGAGCUAUCAUUAGACUGGGCAAUGGAUUUCUAGAAGCAAGUGCCAUGCCAUUAUCGUGUCAAACUUUUAAGAUCUGAAAAAUAACAUGCUGCCUCUCUCAGACCGAGUGAAGCAAGUGGCAAGAAGACAAUUGGUUCAUUCUGUUGAUUAGAAGAGCUUCAGGAACAAUGCCUUCAAAAGUCUCGUGUUUAUAUGUCUUGACAGUUGUAUGUUGGGCAAGUGCUUUGUGGUACUUAAGCAUAACACGUCCCACUUCCUCCUACACCUCAUCUUACACCGUUCAUAAAACUUAUGACAGCAUCUCAAUGGCUCGAAAAAAUGUUUCCUUUGGGAACAUAAGGACUCGACCCAUAAACCCUCAUUCAUUUGAUUUUCUCAUCAAUGAGCCAGAGAAGUGUGAGAAGAACGCUCCCUUUCUGGUUAUUCUAAUCAGCACCACACACAAAGAGUUUGAUGCUCGACAAGCUAUCCGGGAGACCUGGGGUGAUGAGAACAACUUCAAAGGCAUUAAGAUUUCCACACUUUUUCUUCUGGGGAAAAACACAGACUCUGUGUUAAACCAGAUGGUUGAGCAAGAAAGUCAAAUUUUUCACGACAUCAUUGUGGAAGACUUCAUUGACUCGUAUCAUAACCUGACCCUGAAAACAUUAAUGGGAAUGAAGUGGGUGGCCACAUUUUGUUCAAAAGCCAAGUAUAUCAUGAAAACAGACAGCGACAUCUUUGUAAAUAUGGACAACCUCAUUUACAAGUUGCUCAAACCGAACACCAAACCAAGACGAAGGUACUUUACUGGCUAUGUCAUCAAUGGAGGACCCAUCAGGGAUGUCCGGAGCAAAUGGUACAUGCCAAGGGACUUGUAUCCUGACAGCAACUAUCCGCCAUUUUGCUCAGGCACAGGCUAUAUUUUUUCUGCUGACGUAGCAGAAAUGAUUUACAAGACUUCCCUCCAUACUAGACUCCUUCAUCUUGAGGAUGUGUAUGUGGGACUCUGUCUGCGGAAGCUUGGCAUCCAUCCUUUCCAAAACAGUGGCUUCAAUCACUGGAAGAUGGCCUACAGCCUGUGCAGAUAUCGGCGUGUUAUUACGGUACAUCAGAUAUCCCCUGAGGAAAUGCACAGGAUUUGGAAUGAUAUGUCCAGCAAGAAGCAUCUCAGAUGUUAGGACUUUUUGAGGUGUAAAUACUUUGGUUCUUGUUAUAUGAAUAGAGAGCAAACAGACAAUGGGGUGUUCACUUCUAUGAGGAAAGAAAUCUUAAUAAUAUUUUGGUUAGCUGGUCUCUCCAGCUAUAACUUCUGGUUUACAAACUGCAGGUCCUAACAUAAUGGUAUUGUUCACAUCAGUCCAAACAAACAAGAGGCAUUUGUCUUGUCCAGUCUAUCAAGUGUAUGCAUAAGAAGAUGACUGUAACAAGCAUAACAUAAAAAUUCAUUCCCAUUAAAAAGUCAGAGAGGAACCCUUCUCUAAGGCAAUGGUGGGUCAUUGGUUAUGAGGAAAAUUCAUCCUCACUGAAAUUAAUUUUAAAAAUGCAAACUGAAAUGGUGCCAUGAAAGGCCUCUAUUCCAAAUUAGAUGCCACUUUAUCAUCAAAGUCUAGCUGUCAGUAUAAAGUUCUUGCUAUGACAGGAUUAGGAAUGCAUCGUGUGUAGAUUUUUAUCCAUGCAUCACCCCUUCCAAUGACCCAACUGUUUUCCUCUAAAUUCAGAUAUGAGGAGCAGUUGAAGUCAUAAAUGGACCAUAGCUAAAAGUAAUUUGUUUUAAAAGUUACUAUUUUAUAUAUAGAAACAUUUCAGUACUUGAACAUUUCAGUACUUGGGUCCCUAUUUCCUCAUUUAAAAAACCUUACGCCCACUUAGCAAAAGUAGGCCCUAUUGAAAUCAACUGGAUCUCCUUUGAUUAACUAUAAACAGUAUGGACAAACCAACAACCACUGGAACAGUGCCAGAGACCC